UCUCCUCACCGUUCCUCUUCCUCAUCUCCCUUUUCUUCCUGUUCCUCCUCCUCCCUCUUGUUCAACUUCCUCCUCUUCCACUAUCAUUUUUCCCCGCCUCUUUCUUCCCCUUCCUCCUAAUCUUCCACCUCCUCUUUCUCAUCCCCCCCCCCCCCCCCCCCAGCAGCCACUAUAAAAGCUAGCGGAACACCUGAGCGCACAUCCGCCACCCUCCCCCUCCCCAUCAUGAGCCUGAGCCGCAACAAGAGGAUCAGCUCGGGCGCCUCGGUCCGCCGCGCCAACGGCUUCGGGUCGCCCGCGGCGGGCUUCGGCGGCACCUCGCUGGGCGGGGGCAGCGCCGGCGCCCACCUGCUCGGCGCCCCGCUUUCCUCGCUGUCGGUCAACAAGAGCCUGCUGGCGCCCCUCGACCUGGAGAUCGACCCGAGCCUCUCCGUGAGCCGAGCCCACGAGAAGGAGCAGAUCAAAAGUCUCAACAACCGCUUUGCGUCCUUCAUUGACAAGGUGCGCUUCCUGGAGCAGCAGAACAAGAUGCUGGAGACCAAGCUGGAGCUGCUCCAGGGCCAGAGGGCGGGCCGCUCCAACGUGGAGCCGCUUUUUGAGGUCUACAUGGCGGGCCUGAGGCGCCAGAUGGACGUGGUCAACAACGACAAGAGCAAACUGGACGGCGAGCUGAGGAACAUGCAGGGCCUGGUGGAGGACUACAAGCACAAGUACGAGGAUGAGAUCAACAAGAGGAACAACCAGGAGAAUGACUUUGUCCUCCUGAAGAAGGACGUGGACUCGGCCUACAUGGUGAAGGCCGACCUGGAAGACCGAGUGGGAGCUCUGACCGAUGAGAUCAACUUCCUGCGCGCCAUCUACGAGGAGGAGUUGCGCGAGUUGCAGGCCAGCGUCCGGGACACGUCGGUGGUGGUGCAGAUGGACAACAGCCGCAGCCUCAACAUGGAGCAGAUCGUGGCCGAGGUCAAAGGGCAGUACGAGGAGAUCGCCGCUCGCGGCCGAGAGGAGGCCGAGGCCUGGUACAAGAGCAAAUUCGACCAGAUGUCGGUGCGGGCCAGCCAGUUCGGAGACGAGAUCCGCGUGGUCAAGGCGGAAGUGGGCGAAGUCAAUCGCCUCAUCGGCCGCCUGCACAGCGAGAUCGAGGCGCUCAAAGCGCAGCGGGCGAGCCUGGAGAGCCAGCUGGCCGAGGCGGAGGAUCGCGGGGAGAUGGCGGUGAAGGAGGCCAAAGGUCGCACCCGAGACCUGGAGGCCGCCCUGCAGAGAGCCAAGCAGGACAUGGCCCGCCACCUGCGAGAGUACCAGGACCUGAUGAACCUCAAGCUGGCUCUGGACAUCGAGAUCGCCACCUACAGGAAGCUCCUGGAAGGGGAGGAGGACAGACUCGGGCAGCGCUCCGUCCUGGACGUCGUCAGCGACUUCGGCAGCAGAAGUUCCGACGGCCGCCACCGCAGCGCCGGCUGCUCUUCGCCGCCCGGGCUGCUCAUCAAGACCACCGAGACUCGAGACCACAGCAGAUACAGUACACACUAAACAUCUCGGGGUGGCGGGGGUCAUGACUCACGUUUUACUAUUACAAUUAUUAAUCAUAAAACUUCUGAAUAUGAAAUAUAACUGUAGAUUAUUGGACAUGAACCUGAUGUCCUUUUUGUUUUUUGCUGAGCGGUGAGUAUGCGGGGGUCCACUGCGAUAUAAAGCGCAAUGUCUUGAAUUCUUGUAGACAAACUUUCUAUUUUCACGAUCGGCAUAAGUUAGCCUUCAUUUUUAUCCUGUUGCUUGCACAAUUAUAAUAAAAAAAAAAAAUUCCUUUACUUUGUUCAUUUUGGUGCCAAGGAGCUUCAUUUAGACCAAAGUAGCGCUUUGCUGCCCUCUCGUGGCAUCUUUGUGCACUCACGACUUAACCGGCGCGAAGGAGGUCACUAGUUCAAGUCCUGCGGCGUACCAAAACGUCGUCCCGUCAUUUGCGGUGCGUUUACGAACGCGCGUUUAUGAACCGUUGUCCAUCUGCACGUGUUGCCGGCGUGAGAACGUCAGCGCCGACGUGA